AUGAGUCCAAAUGUGCUUCAUCAUUUACCUGCCAACCCAAGCGAGGUGUCAAGUGCCACUCUCCAUUUUGAUCCCGGGGUCGAAUUGGGGAUUCGGGCCGAGAAGCCAUUGAUCUCUGAAACCAGCACUCCACUAAAAAGACCGACGCUGUCUCCUCCUACCGGCAGUAAGCAGCCCCUGGAUCAAGGUUUGAAGCAACUGGCAAGGGAGCUCAAGUAUCGGGAGUUUUUCAAGCGCAGCCCCAAAAGCCCCAAUAAAGGCUUCUCCAAGUUUUUUCUUUCACAGGAGUUAAGUCCCUAUGAUAAGAAUUCAGAUGAUUCGAGCAUAGCAGACGACACAUCUGCCAGUAUAGAUGAAGAUGCUGAACCACAUUUCAAGGAAAAACCAAAAAAACAUGGUCUGGCCUCUUCUUAUGCUCGCAAGACGACCCAUGAGCAUGCAAACUUCAUUCUUACUUUUAGUAAAGAUGGGAAAUAUAUGGCAUCAGGAGGUGAUGAUGGUGUGGUACGAGUGUGGAAGGUUAUAAGUUCAAGCUUAGACCGAGAGUUACCUGAGAUUGCUAGAAACAAGAGUUUUAAUAGUCGUCAUCUCAAUUUUCCCUUUGAGGAGUCGGAUUCGAUUUCAAUAGGCCCUUCCUCUACAAUCAACGAUUCAAUAGAGUCUUUUGAAAAUACGGAAGGUGGUUCCAAUUGGUGCAACUCAUGUCCAGGGAAAAAAUCAAAGAAGGACAAACAAGGUAGCACUCCAUUUGCGCCUCUUUUCAUGCAUCGCCCUGUCCGCGAGUUUCAUCACGAUGAUACUGUUUUGAGCAUUGAUUGGUCGGAAAAUGGAUUUAUAAUAUCCUGCUCUCAGGAUAGCACUAUUAAGCUCUGGCAUGUUGACAGGAAUGAUUGCCUGGCGGCUUUCAAAUUGAAAAACUUUGCAACUCAAGUCCUUUUCCAUAAGAAAGACGAUCGCUUUUUCUUGAGUUGUCAGUGGGAUGGCUCGGUGAAGCUAUGGUCCAUUCUUGAAAAGGACGUUGUGUUAAAGACAAACAUUCGAAUGCGAAUUACGUGCAUGGAGUUUUCACCUAACGCAGAGGAAUUAUUUCUCGGAGGAGAAGUUGGGGGUUUUGUCAUAUUAUCGGUCAAGGAUCUUGAUGUGAUUGACAAGUUUCAGAUUAAGCGCAACAAUGUAGCGCCCAGAGUAACAGGGAUAGAUGCUUUUGAAACCAAGGACGAUGUGAAACUGGUUGUUACAACUAAUGACUCACGAGUGAGGCUCUUCAGUUACAGAGAAAAAAUAUUGAAUGUUAGAUACAAAGGGUACGAUAAUGAGCAUUCUACGAUUCGGGCAUCCGUCAAUGAAAACCAUUCAUUCAUCAUUUCUGGUUCGGAAGAUGGCUGGGCUUAUUUAUGGGCGCUGGAUCUCAAUGCCCUGAAAUCACCAGAGACAAUGAAGGGCAGUCAUAAGCUUACGUGGGAUAUCACAUCACUAUUCAAGGACGAAAACUGUCGACACAAAAAUAAGAAUUAUGGCGCAUUCCAUGUCCAUCAUUCACGUUGUAACGUUGCCAUUUUUGCUCCCAGGGCAACAUUGAAGUUGCUUGAACUCUCGAAUGACCCCAUAUUUGAUCUCAAAGCUAGGAUGAGUCUAGAUCCGAUCGUGAAGAAAGGGGAUGAUGAGCUGGACGAUCCUUCCACCUCAAUUAUUGUUACCACGGAUGAUGAUGGAAUAAUCAGAGUGUUUCGCAGAGAUUUUGCUUAUCAUGAGCGAAAAGCAUUCCGUGCAAAUUUCAAGAAGCUUGGCGGGAAACAUGACCGCAAGUCAUUAUCCAAAGUUCGCAAUAGAUCACGGUCUUCUAGUUUCUUGAACAAGAGCAGCUCUUUGAAUAGAAGUACCAUAAACGGCGGAGAUGAAAACGAUCGAGGAAGGAAAGAUUUCGAGCACUCGGAAUUUCUAGCCACCAGAGCGGCUCUGUAUUCCCCAAACAGGGAUAGGUCUUUGUUCCCAUCAACAGAUGAAAUUGCAAAGAUACCGAAUUCAGAAGCAGCCUCAGAUGCAACUCUCUCCGAUUCUAAAGUGAGGUCCAUUGAUGUGAAGCUUCAAGAAAUCUUGGCUUCUUCUAGACUAGAGAACAGGCAUGUGCCUAUUAUCUCAACCACAGAUGAAAAUGAUAGCUCGCUCAGAAAUGGCACACAAGCAGCAGCAAAUUCCGUAUCUAUGCAUGAUAGAGAGACAUCUCAGGAAACAAUAAAUGGGGAUCAAGAUCAGGAAACUGCAGAUUCCAUUGUUACUUCGGAAUCGGUGAAGUCAAGAGUUCAAUGUGCCAGUUGUGGCUCUGAGAAAUUUACAGCCAGGUCCCAUGGGGACGCGCGCAGCAACAUCUUCUUUUUUUGUGACGAUUGUGGUCAGAAAGUUGAUUUAUAA